AUGAGGUGGCUGCUGGUGUUUGCCUCGCUUGCAUUGUCAGCUGGCUCUGAGUCUACAGGUGGCUCCAAGAAAUGCAAAGGGAGCUACGCCAACCCGGUUGUGAACCUAUGCUCCGAGCAUUGGCCUGAUGCAAAGUCAACUCGUGUUUGGAUGGUCGUUUUCUACACCUCCUGGUGUGGGCAUUGUCGGGCUUUGGAGCCGAAGUAUAAAGAGCUCGGAAAGCUUUUGAAGAACGACAAAUCGAUUGGCAUCGGUGCCGUGGACUGCGAUAUUGAUCGGGCCACCUGCUCCAAGUAUGGGGUCAGCGGCUUUCCUGCUCUGAAGGCAAUAGUAAGUGGCAAGGGUAAGUCAUACAAUGGAGCAAGGGAAACAGAGCCGAUGAAGGCAUGGAUCGAAGGUAUCGCAAAGAAUCGAGGUACAAAAGGUGGCAGCGCCAAGUGUGCCGUAGGACUUUUCAAAAGUCGAGUGAAGGAUGCAGUGGUACCCCUUUGUGAGGAGCAUUUUCCAGAUGACAAGGCAAAGAACGACUGGCUCGUCCUUUUCUAUAACUCCAAGAGCAGCGCAAGCACCGAUCUCAAGGAGGUGCUGCACAGGCUCGCUGUCGACUUGGGCAAUGAUCCUCCCGAUAUGAGCAAGUCGCUCAAAAAGCCAAAGAAAAAGCGUGAGAGACUUGAGUCCUUGGCGGAGAAAUACGACUUUGCAGUGGGCUUGCCGAAUAAAGGCCCGUUUGGCAUGGAUGCUUUGGCGAAGGUGGGCGGUGUCUGUUGCGACUGCAACGAGGAUGCAGUUGCAUUCUGUGCUAGUUCCCUCAGGAUUGGUGAGGAGGAUGUGCAGGCUCCCCAAGUUUUCUGGGUGUCCAAGGGUCAUCGCGAGCUUUUGAAAGACGCAGAUAUGUCGGCGCCAAGUCUCAACAAGCUUGCAGUCUCGAAGCUGGGAUUCGUUUCCGGUGGCGCCCGUGCCAGCCAGGGCGGUGAGCUCUGA